AUGAGCGGAAAGCUGCAUAUCGGCCUUAAAUUACGUCAGGAAAGCGAGAUGUUGUCACGCCAAUCCUCCCACCACUGGUCGCAGAACGACUUAUCCUCCGUUUCAUGUGCCUCGAUGGCACCCUCUCCCACCCUACUGCUGCUCGCCACUAUAGGUCGAGAUGUAGCGCUCACAGGCGGUAACAGCGGCAGCAAUCAACAGCAACACAAUAACAGUUCGGAAAGCACUUCAUCAACGGAGACCCUAAAAUGGUUGGGUUCCAUGAGUGACGUGUCCGAGGCAAGUCAUGCCACUGGGUAUUCGGCCAUCUCAGAGUCGGUUUCCUCGUCGCAACUGAUUGUGCAUAGUUCGCGCGUUUUGACCCCCAAACGACAUCACAGCGAAAGCGUACUGUAUCUGCACGACGAGUCCCAGCAGCCGCAACAAGCGCAGCAGCCACUAAUAUCGUCUGCGCAACAGCACUCGCCGAGCGCACCCAAACAGAUCAGUCCAACAUUGUCCGCGCGCGAACGCACACACUCGCCCACACGGUUGAUGGCGCAAAACGCCGCGUUGCUUCCGAAUCAUCGCCACAGUCCAAGUUACCCGCCUGUACACGCCACCGCCGCCAUGCAUCCCUAUCAGCCACAUCCGCAGUAUGCAGUACGUCAGCAGCCACAAUCACUCGCGCAUAAAUUACCUGCUGCCGCGUCACUUGCAGAUGCGCUACCCAGUUCCAUGAGUGCAAGCGUCACUGAUGGCUGCAAUCUUAGCACACAUGCAUCCGCGAAAACGUCGCCGCUGGUGAGUGCGCUAAAAGCAACAGACGACGGCGGCAGUGAUGUGGCAGCACCACCGCCAUUACCAGCACAAAAUACAAGCAUAUCUGUGACAAAUACGCAAGCGGAGGUGGAAGCGCUCACUUCCGCGCUUGCGUCCCACUCGCCUGCCAUAGCGCCGAAGCCAGUUGUCGUCAGCAGCAGUGCGACCAACGCCAUUGUGGAAGUAAUCGCUAUUGGCGCGGGUCCAGUUGGUGGCGCGUCGCUUUCGCCUGGCAGCGCUAAUUCGCAGCUGAACACGUCCACAACUUCCUUAGCGUCCGCGGUAUCGUCGGCAUCCGCGCAACCAUCGCAAUCCUACCGCAGCAAUCACCGUCUCUUUCCUGUGAGCACCUAUACCGAAAAGGUGCAUAGCAACACCUCGCAAUUUGUGCUGCAUCCCAAGCCGCAGUAUAGCGCCGGCUUGCAGAAGCCGGUGCAGCAACAGCAGCAGCAACAACAACAACAACCGCAGCUGCUUCAGAAGCAGGCGCAGCAGACGGCAGCAUCAGUGGCGCUGGCGACAAAAUACUUGGCGUCUCCAACCAGUCCGCCUCAGCCAAGUUGGCAGUCGGUCGCUGAGCUGAUAAACGACUUUGAGCGCACCAAAAACGAACCGCAGCUGCAGAAGUAUACCUACAUGGACCCGAGUAAGACACAUCGCGUCUCGAAUCCAGCGCUGAAGGCAUUCCAAAAGAAUGCGGUGCAGUCGUACUUUGAACGGCAGCAACAACAACAGCAGCAAGCCAAAGAACAGGGUCAGUCGCAAAAAAUCUAUCAGCCACUCACUGCGCAUUCCCAGCAUCAGCAUCAGUUAGCGCAUCAGCACCAGCAUUCACCGCCGCAACAACAUCAACAACAGCAUUCGCCAUCACAGUCGUCGCAUCAGCCACUUUUACGUCCGCAUUCCUACCAGUCGAACAUGAAAGAAUCUGACACACAACAUCAAAUCAUGCGCAGCUCGCUGCCAAACUCCUAUGGCGCGCAGCAUAGCAAUUUGAGUGGCAGCACAUUUCAGCAACAGAAAACCUCCGCACAGCAGCUGCCAAUGCGUUUGUGCGCACCACCGCCGCCGCCACCUCCACAGAAGCCCACCAGUGGCGGCCAUGUCGGCAGCAAUGAUGAGCGUGCGACUCUCAUACAAGCCGUCGGUGCAUCAAGCAGUUACAGCGCGCUGCCCACCAAACCACCCUCUCCCGCUCCACCACCACCGCCACCACGUUCACGCUCACUCAUACCACACACGCUGCUGCGGCGCUCCUCAUCCGCCUCAGAUUAUGCCGAAUUUCGUGAUCAGUACAUGCGUGCCACGCAAGAGAAACUCGUUGCGCAAUCCGUUAAGAACAUUUCGAGCUCGGAGAAAUCUUCCUUCAAUGAUUGCGGUAUGCCGCCGCCGCCACCGCCACCACGAGCAGCGCGCCCCACUAACCUGCUACCCACGCGUCGCACCUCUUCUGCGGCUGAGUAUGCGGCAGCCAUGCGUGAGAAGGCGUUGCUGCAGCAAGCCGCUGCGCUGGCACAUCAACAACAUCAUCCGCAGCAACAUGCGCGACCACCAAACUAUGUGCAGCAAUACUACAAUCCACCGCUGCCAGCGGCCGCCAUUGAACCCGGUUGGGUGCCUGAAAGACCGCCAAAGAAUCCGAGUUUGCGCGUUCCUUCGCCGGAUUUGCCGCCGCUGCCACCCAGCGCGGACUUGGACACGCAACUCGCGGAUGAACCUUUGCCACCACCGCCGCCUGAGCUGCUGCAACAACAACGUCAACAAUAUCAGCAGCAACAGCAACAACAGCUGCAACAAUACUAUGAUCUGAGUGCGUCGAUGAACGCGAGCUGUGAACUGGUGCCCAAAGCGCCCUCACCCAAUCGUCGCAACAGCUUUGCUGGUUCUUCCUCGCGAAAGGCGUAUUUUGGGCGCAGCGGUUCCGAGACGUCACCGACUUCAGCAUCCUUGUUGGCUGGUAAGUUGCCUCCACCACUCAUACCGAAGAAGCCGAACAACAUUGAAGCGUUGCAUGUGUCGAUGCGACAACCGCAGCCACAGCAACACACACAACAGCUGGCGGCUAACCGUUUGCUGUUGAAUGGUGGUGUGCCACAGUCGCAGCAACAUUCGCCGCCUACGCAGGUUCCGUCGCUGACAAGCGCGUCAAAUGCGAAGCUGUUAACGAACCGCAAGCGACCGCACCACAAUCCCGCGCUGGCUGGUUUUAACGUGCCGCCACCGAUUUUGGAAAAUGUGCAACAACCGCAGCAGCCAUCAUCACCAGCACCACCGCAGCAGUUGACCAACACCAGCAAAUCGCCAUCAAAUACGACCGCGCCGCUGAAGUCUUCACCACCGCCGCCGCCCUUAAUGCCGCGUUGCAUGCCAACGCAGACGUUAGUGAGUGGCGGCAAUGGCAUCAGCAGCAGCAGCAGCAGCAUCGGCAGUAACAGCAACAAGAGCAGCGUGCAAGCAAGAUGCAACUCGAAGGCCUCGUACUUGCCCCGCCAGAGUCUCGAGAAGCUCAACAACUUGGAUCCGGAUCAUGGCAGUUACAAGCUCACGCUCACCUCAAACGAAGACUUGGUGGCGAACACAAAGCCGCCCGCUGCCUACGACAUACUCAAUGCACAUAAUGGCAAAAUGCCUAACAAUUUGCCAGAUGUUCUGCCAUUGGGCGCAAAGUUGCAACCGCAACCUUCGUCGCCGACCUCCGCCAAUGCUUCGCCGCUACGCUAUGCUUCCAACAAUAACUUAAACUCAUCAACUGUCUCUGCACCACCUCAGCAGCAACAGCAGCAGCAGCAGCAGCCACAACAACAGCAACUGCAGACGCCAGCUUCAUCCAAUUGUUAUCCCGUAUAUCCACCCACCCAGCACCGCUACUCAACGCCAACCAUGAAUUCUUACAACAGCAAUGUUGCAAACAGUGGUGGCAAACCGCACAACUACAGUCGAUCUCAGUCGUAUGACGUACACAAUAACUCGCACAGUGGUAGUUUUUAUCAUCCCAACCACGCCCAGAAUAGUCCCACUAAAUUCAUGUCUCAAUCCACAAUGGAUCUGAAGCGUACACAACAGUUGGAGCCGACGCUAGAGGAGACCACAGCCGCCUUACUCAGCGAGAGUGCCACAGUGCUGUCGCCCGCGCAAUCGGAGAGUAGCCUCAGUAGUCCGAACAGACAUCAACCGCAACUGAUUUCGAUGAAGCCGCUCUCUAGCCUCGGCAGCUCCAGUGAUAGUGGCAGCACUAGCGGCAGUGAAGGACGCAUAUUCCGCGCCGAACUGGUCACAGCUACGCUGUCAACGUCGCCCAUCGCGCCAGUGAAAUCUGUUAUACGCAAGGACUCAUUGCGCGAAAAUAUCGAGAAAAUAACGCAGCUGCAGUCGAAACUGAUGUCGGCACAUGUGUCUGAAACCAGUUUAAUUGGCAUGUAUGGCUCAAGGACAACACUGCAUUCAGCGCCUACAACGCCCAUAACGGCAACAGAGAACAUACUCCAGCAAGCGGACGAAAGCUGUGAGAGUCCCAAGCGCACUGCUGCCGCUAGUGUUGAAGAGCCAAAGGAACAAGUUGAUACUGUGCUCACAGAAACUAUAGCUGAUUGUAAGGAGGAAAGCAAUAUAGCGGAUGCAAGCGUCGCACAAACUCCUACAACACACACAAAUUCAAACUCCUCGCCAACCUCGCCAGCAACAAGCGAAACACUACCUCAAUCAGCCACCACCGUCGCCAGCACAAAUACCACAAGUGAUGACCUCAUUGCAACACAAAUCACGCAAAUGAACUCCAGCACCGAUGGUUUAAAACUUAUGCAGCGUAGCGAAAUUAUACUACGCGUGAAUCCAUCCACCACAGAGACAGCGUCGCAAACCGAUGAUGAUUAUUUGGUGUCUGCAGCCAACGAUACCGAGGAGCAUACACGACUCACGGAGCAACCACACAACAAGGAAGAUGCUCAGCAACAGCGCAUAACGCUGCAGCCACGUCAACGACAUCCCAUCGAAAUUGACUGUGAGGCCAUGUCACAAGAACUAGCUACACUCUUGGCGUCCAAUGAGAAACUGGUGCAAAUCUUAGCGCCGCCCGCACUCAAAUCAGCCACGGAUUAUGUUAGUAACCUUUAUAAUCCGAAUGUGCCAUUACGACCGGCUAAACGUGAUGUUGGCACUUCGACGCUGCUGCGCAUGAAAGGACGUGACAGCCAGGAGAAAGUAACAGUAGAACUACAGUAUGCCGAAGUGGAGGUAUUACUGGCCAAUGGCGACAGUGAAACGGAUACUUGUGAUUUGCUCAAGAAGAAAGUGGAUGAACUUAUCAAGCAACUUAAUCGUAAGAUACGCGUACUUAACAAGGAGCAAACGACGCUCAAAGAGGAAGCUGAACUCAACGAUGAGUUGGGUAACAGUCUGGUCAGCAAGCUGACGGACAAAGUGCGUCCAAUAGAAGCAACCAAGUGCCGCACCUACAUCGAUGAUGUGGGUCAAAUUACGAGCUUACUGCUUUCCCUCUCCGAACGAUUGGCACGCAUAGAGAAUAGUCUGAGUGCUGUGCCGGCUGAGAGUGGCGCUGAGAAGAAAUCACUCGAACUAAAACGCGAUCGUCUGCUCGAUCAACUUGCCGAAGCGAAGCGCCUUAAAGAGGACAUCGAUCGACGCGGCAGCAGUGUUGUUGGCAUUGUCGAGAAAAAUCUCAGCACGGAUGAAUUUGCCGAUUUCGAUUAUUUUAUCAACAUGAAAGCGAAAUUGAUAGCAGAUACACGUGAUAUUGCGGACAAAAUCAAGUGUGGCGAAGAACAACUCAACGCGCUGAGUGAGGCGCUCAUUCAAAGUGAUUGUUAAGCGAACGAACGAUUGGGAAGCUCAGCAGCUAGAUAACAAUAUUCACAAAAGCUAAUUUUGAUUGCCAAAAAUCUCCAAAAGAAAAACAGGCGCGCCUAACAACAUGCAACAUCUAGUUGCAUGCCCCUCAUGCUGUCAGUUUUGGCUGUUUAGAGACUGUAACUGUUACUUUUCCUGUUGUAUACUUUUAGGCGCUACUGUUUUUAAAUUAGAGAAUUUUCGCGACGAAAAUCUAGCGUUGCGAUCGGCAGAAUUCCACUGCAGCUUGUAACGAAGUGAUUUUAGAUCUGCACUCACAUACAUAACUGGAUUAAUGUAGAUAUUAUAGUAUGUAUGCAAGUAGGUUAUUACGGCGGCGGCUAACCAAGCGGAGUGAUUUUCCAUGCCUUCAACAGCAACGAGUUGAAAGCUUAGUGUGAGAAUCGACGGAAAAAGCGGGCAAGCUUUCAUUGACUUUUUUUUUGGCCAUCGGCGAGUUAAAAUAAAAAACAAAAAAGUUGCACCAAACUUAGUUGUUGGGGUUUCCUAGUUUGGAUUUCUUUUAUAGAAUCUGUAAAUUUUGCAAAAUUUAGUACACUGCAAACAGGGUGCUAAGCUUUAAAUAUUUUAAAAUGUAUACGGAUAUGUAUAACGUAAAUAUAUGUAAAUUUAAUAGGUAGCUAGCGACUAUAAAUUAACUGUGGCAUUAUAAAGCAAUUCAAAUAAAAAUAAAAAUUAAAAUAAAUAAAAAUAAUAAAAAGAGCUCAAACUCAAUACAAGCAAUUUUAGUUAGAAAAGCAUUCAGGAAAGCACAUCUUAAUGCAGUAACUAUUUAAAAAUUAAUGUAAUUUAUAAUACAUACAUAUUUAAUAAUAAAAACUUACUCUUGUUUGUAUAAUAUGUGAUUUUAAAAUAUAUAUUUUAUGUCUGUUAGUCCAUAUCAUAAUACAAUUUUUAAGUAAAAACUGCAAAGCGCAUGCGCGGCGCGCACAUUAAUUACCUACAUAAAAACCCCUUUUAGUGGACUUUACUGUCCUCAAAUAUGUAGAUGGCAAGAAUAUAUGGCAUGCGUAUGCAUUCAAGUGAAGAUCAAUAAGAAGAAGAAGAAUUCACAAAUUUCUCUCAAGUGACUUAAGAAUUGUUGCAACUUAUUUUUAGGUUAUGCUUCAAUAUACUAGUAAAACAAAAUAUGUACUAGCAUUGAAGUAGUAGCUGUACUAUAAAUAAAUACAUUUUAAGAAAACUCAAACCGUAAAAGAAAAAUGCAAUGAAUAUAUAUUUUUAAGAAAUGUAUGUAAAUGUUAGCGAUUAACACAAAAGAAAAUAAAAUUAUGUAUAUUUGCAAUAAAAUUUGUAUUUUCCUGUGCAUUUGCCAAUUACUGUGACAAAAAAUGAUGUAUGUACUUACUUACAUAUCGCACACGAUCUUCAAAAAGUGACACAACUCAAAAUUUUACACUUUUGAAAUUAUGCACUAAAAAUGUACACAGGUGAUUUUGUUUAUCUUUCAGCAAAAGCUGGAGCAUAUUUUUGUUAUAAUUUGUUGAAAAAACCUAAAGUAAAGUCUCCCUUGCCCAUAUGAUUGGCAUGUGCUAGGAAGAUAGUUUUUCGCAUUUUCUCACGAACGUGUAAUUUUGAAGAUUGUGUGCGAUAUAUGCAGAUGCAUUUUUAAUGGGCUUGUGAAGUAAUUUUCUUGCGAAUAAAGUGUUUUUAAUUUCAUGCUUAUAUUUGUAAUGAUAAAUAUUUGAAAAUAAAUAAACGAUUUUAAAAAUUA